UUUAGGCUACCCCAUGCGUGUGGCAACAUGUCCCGAUACUGGAACGUGUGUUCAAAGAGCUGUAUCUUUUUUCUUGGGAUAUAAUUUCCCCUCUUGUUGUCGAGACUUUCAAAAUAAAUCCUACCCAAAUACUUAAGAUACCAUAGUGUUGGUUCUUUGCGUGAUUAUAGUUACAGCUGAAAGUGCUAACUGUGUGCGUGUGUGUGACGCAGCUUCUCCUCAAACGCGCCUCACGGUUACAAAAAGAAACUCCAGAAACACUUCAUCAGUGUAAAACACGGACAUCAACUCAGGGUUCUUUCGCCAACCGGAUUAAGACGUUGGGUGUGACAGGGUGAAAUCUUAACAAAACAGUGCUGUAUCCAGGUCAAAUUCUCUUUGAAAAUCAGGAUGCUGUUGGUUGUGGUCUGUCUGCAAGUGUUUUUGGCCUCUGUUUUUAUGCAACCCAGUGGUGAUUACUGGGACGAAUGGAGUCCGUAUGGAGAGUGCAGUCGCACCUGUGGCGGUGGGGUUACCAUGAGGACGAGGCGAUGUGUAACCCAACGGACUGAUGGAGGUCACAGCUGUGUGGGUCCAGAUAACUCCUAUCGCUUGUGUAAUAUUCAGGACUGUCCUGAGGGUUCCAGAGACUUCAGAGAAGAGCAGUGCUCUCAGUUUGAUGGCACUGAUUUUCAGGGGAAACGCUACAAAUGGCUGCCAUACUAUAGUGCAGAGAACCCCUGUGAGCUCAACUGUAUUCCCAGGGGAGAGAAUUUCUACUAUCGCCAUCAAUCUGCUGUGGUGGACGGCACACCUUGCCACCCUGGAAGAAAGGACAUCUGUGUAGAGGGGCACUGUAAGCGUCUUGGGUGUGAUAAUAUUCUAGAGUCACCCCAAGAGGAGGACCCUUGCCUACAGUGUGGAGGAAAUGGACAGACGUGCAAUUUAGUCAAAAACAAUUUCUCGAUGCACAACCUGCCCAAAGGUUACAAUCAAAUGUUCAUUAUCCCUGUUGGGGCUACAACAAUCAGUGUCAGGGAGACACUAGCCACACGCAAUUACCUUGCAAUCAAAAACCUGCGUGGUGAAUACUACCUUAAUGGACACUGGGUGAUUGAUUUCUCUCGUGCUACACCUAUUGCCGGCACUAUGCUAUAUUACCAGAGGGGAACAGAGGGGGAAAAGACCCCAGAAGUAAUCACUGGACGUGGCCCUACCACCGAGCCCCUAGUGAUAGAACUAAUCACUCAAGAGCCCAACGAGGGGGUGGAGUAUGAGUAUUACCUGUCUAAUGGACCCUCUACAGAAGGCUACUACUGGAGCUAUGGUUCCUGGUCUGCAUGCAGUAAAGCUUGUGGAUCAGGUUACCAGUCCCGUCUGGUCUUCUGUACCAUUGAUAACGAAGCCUACCCUGAUUACCUGUGUGCCUCUCUUCCUCGACCCCUCAGUAACCGCACAUGCAAUGAACAUCAAUGCCCACAAACCCGCAGGAUGGCGUAUGUGUACGAGCCGAUGUUGUGGAGGCCAAUGGAACCACCACGAGUCAAUGUGCAAGUAUACAGUUGGGUGACUGACAAGUGGAACCCGUGUCCAGUGACUUGCGGUGGGGGCUCUCAGGUGAGGAGAGUGGAGUGUAUGUCCCACGACUCAGUGGGAUCUCGAGUGGUUGAGGACUCGCAGUGUGCCGCUUACGCUCCCAGACCUCUCAGCCAGCAGACGUGUAACAUGCAGAAAUGUGCUCAAUACAGAAUUUCCAGCUGGAAACAGUGCUCUGUGACGUGCGGCUCUGGGCAGCAGACACGAGAUGUGGUGUGUGUGGGUUCAGAUGUAGCUCCUCUUGAGGACUAUAUGUGUUGGAACCAGCCUAGGCCCCCCAGAACACAGGCCUGUGAGAUGCCCGCCUGCAGAAGCCCCAUUGGCUGGAAUAUAGGAGACUGGGGCCUGUGCUCUAAGAGUUGUGGCUCGGGGCUACGGGAACGGCAGGUGAUCUGUUCAGACAGAAAGAGAAACCUGUACAGGGUUGAAGAGUGCCAGUCCUCCCCCAAACCCCCUACUGUGGAAAGCUGCAACACCCAGCCUUGUUACAGGCCUCAGGAGAUGCCAAGCAUGCAGGAUCCAACAGGACAUGACAACACCAUUCAGGGCUUCAAGCCUUACAUCCUUGAGGAUCCCUCUCUAGACAACAAUCGCCAGAGCACAACUCUUACCACUCACUGUAGCCAGACUCGGUACGGCUGCUGUCCUGAUGGAAGUACCCAAGCCAGUGGACCACAGGGCCAAGGCUGUCCCCAAGACCCAGGCCUACCAUCCUGCACAUGGAGCAGGUAUGGCUGUUGUAGCGAUGAUGUGACCAUAGCCCAGGGCCCCAACAAGGAGGGCUGUCCAGAGUCCUGGCUACACCGGUCUCCAAAAUCAGAUACCAUACCAUCUGCACCCACAGACUGCCAAUCAUCCACCUAUGGUUGCUGCUUUGAUGGUGUGACUGCUGCCGGUGGUACUCACGGGGAGAGCUGCUCCAACCCCCCCAGCAAUACACAGCGUUCCCUGUCCUGUGACCUACCUUUUACGGUUGGGCCAUGUGAUCAGUGGACCUCUCGUUACUACUUUGACCGUUCUGCUUCCCGCUGCAUACACUUCUGGCAUGGUGGCUGCCAUGGUAACAGCAACAACUUCGCAUCGGAGGAGGAGUGCCAGCGGAUGUGCCUGAGCUCAGAGUUGAGCCAGCAACGAGACCAGGCGCAUGCCUUGUCUUUGCACCAUGGUGGACGUCAUUCCCCCAGACGCGUUCACCUCAACUCCAGGGCCACAGCUUAUCGUCCGGCCCCCAGCGCCGUGCAGAACAGCAGCCCUGCCGCCAGUUGGACAGCUCUAGGUGUGAGUAUAGACAAGUCGAACCCCUCCACAGUGGAGGGGCUGGUUGGACAGAGAGUAGUGUUGCCUUGUCGAGUCACCCCACCACCCUCCUCCACUGUGGUUGUGGAGUGGAGACGAGAUGGUGUUCCUGUUGACCCUGCCAGGCACCAGCAGCAGGUGGAUGGCUCUCUGUUGGUGGGUCCCAUCACACUUCAGGACUCUGGGUGGCUUCUGUGUGUGGCUACAAAAGACCGUGAGAGAGACCACCGCUAUAUCUACCUGUCUGUCUCAGAUAAAAGAGCACAUGAGAAUGGCGCAGGAAUAGUAGAGGCGGAUUCUUCGCAAUCAUACACGUCACAUUCUUCUACAAGGUUCACCAUUGACUAUUCAUCAUUGGUUGAGGCUCGAGCUGGUCAGACUGCCAAACUGCAGUGUACAGUGCUGCCAGCCUCAGCAAUGCAUGCAGUCACCAUUCAUUGGAGCAAAGCUGGACAGCCACUCAACACUCUCAGGCAUUCUCAACACUCAGAUGGCACGUUGAUGAUCAACCAUCUGACGUCAGAUGAUUCAGGCAUUUAUACCUGCACAGUCACCGACAGCCAGCAGCUUGAAGAACGUCAAAUCCAGCUCAGAGUGUUUGGGGACCUAAGGAUCAGUAAAGCCCCCACAGAUGUCCAUGUGCCUCUGGGAGGCACUGCUCAGCUGCCUUGUGUAGUGUCUGGAGACAAUGUUAAUAUUGGCUGGUCAAGGAACGGUGUGCCAGUGAGACCAGACAGACUUCAUGUGCAUGUGUCGGCAGAUGGUACGCUCAUACUAAAUAAUGUCCAGCUGAUGGAUGAAGGGACCUACACAUGCAAUGCUUACACUGGCACAUACUCUGUCAGUGCAGCGGCUGAAGUACGACUGGCCAAGUCCCCUCAACAAGAUUUCAGUGGGAGUCAGAUAUCAACUGGUUGUGUGGAUCAGCCUGAACUGGCAAACUGUAAGCUGAUUGUGUAUGCCCGCCUGUGCUCCAACCAGUAUUACUCCAGUUUCUGCUGUGCCAGCUGUGCUAGAUAUGCCAUGGAUAAAGACAGGCCAUGACAAAUCAGAUAGGUCCCAUGCAGUGAAUCCAGCAGCUUCAGUGGUUGAUUCAGACUCCCGUUUAUCCACCUGUUUACAGAGUUUUGUCUCAGGAUUCACAACAGAUUGGAAAUCAACAUCACCAGCUGCAUCUACUCCAUCACUUCACAACCAUGAAGACCAGAUGAAACUGACCUUAACCAGAUAGAACUUAAUUCAGACAGCUAAGAGCCAAUGUAUACAAAGUGAUAUUUCAUUGUUUUUUAGUACUAUAGGCUCAUUCUUAUCCUAGUUUAUUUAUCGUAAUGUAUUAUACUGUAUCUCUAUGUAAAUUGUAGUGUUUAGUGUCUACACUGGAAGCGACUGAUGAUGUGUUGCGUUGCAACAGAAGUUGUCUGCACUGGAAGUGUUUAAGCUGCUUCGUUAUUUUCAUUGGAAAUCAAUUGAAAUAAAAAUGUAUGGUGCAUUAGAACAUCUACAACUGCAUAUGGUUAAAAACAAAACAUGAUUUACAUUAGAAGGCCAGAAACAUCACUAGCUUUCUUUGUUGUAACAGUCAGAACUUAUUUAAUGAGUCCACAGCAAAUAAAUUCACAAAUAUAAUUUAUGUAAAUCCUAUAAUUUUUUUGAAAAUAAUAAAUGAAGUAGCUGAGCAGCAUAGUAAAAAUAGAAAUGAGGUGUCCGUCAACUGAAGGCACAUCAGGCAUUUCUAGUGUAGAUGGUUUUAUUGAUUAUUGUGAGAGUGAUAUAGAUUUGUUACACAAUAUGAGUCAAGUAUAUAAAUGGUGUUAAUGUUGAAUAAGAAUAAAUCACUGUUUAUAUAUAUGACAACCGGUCUGACACUGUAAAACCAAAAUGUUAGUUAUUCCUUUAUCAGUCUCUCUCCAUUGCUCUGAAGUUAUUAGGGGAUACAACUGCAGCCCCUUAUAAGUACGUUUAAACCAAACUAACAAUUAGAGCUGUCAGAAUUAACAUGUUAACACGUGAUUAAUUAAAGUUUAACUUAAUUUUUCUUAAUCGCGAUUAACACAUUUCCAUUGAUUCAGCACAUAAACCAGUAUACACACUUUUUUUGGAGGGCGGAAACUUUGGAACAAACAGUGCUUCCCAGUCAGUGAUUCAAUGAUUGAGAAAUGAUCUCUUAAUGCUAUUUGAUGUACAAAACAAGCCCAGAUAGGACCUAUGUAAGGUGCAUUUUAAUGACCACAGAAGCAUACCAAGUCUUAACUAUUACCGAAGCACAGAAUUAGACAUUUUCGACUUCAAGCAUGGAGUUCAAAGUGGCGUUUGAUGCUGGCAUUGAUGAUCUUAUGCAAAUAAUGAAUGCAUAGGAAAGCAGAUAGCCACAGUCUACCAGAAGAUUAAUAUUGUGGGGGAUGAAAAUUUAAGUUAUUUCCCAUUGCAAUGAAUACACAACCUGUGGGGAGACAAGUUCUUUCAAUUAGUCAAACUCCAACUUAGACGUUUUAUGUUUCUUGAAUUGGAGCUAUUUUAGUGCAUUUCUAUCUUUAUACUGUGGAAGGCUUUGUUUGGAAAAUGUUAAU